GGAAAAAAAAAAAAAAAAAAAAAACGAUAUAUCGUUAGUAUGAUACGAAGCUGACUUGCCCAAGAUAGAAAAUGUUUAGAAUUCACUCACGAUAUGGCCCUCCUGCUGACACUUGUAGCAUACUUGCGCCUUGGGCCCUUCAGGGCAAUCCCUGCUCAGAUGUCCAAAGUUAUUGCAGUUAUAGCACUUGACCCCAUUGGCCUUGCAGUCGCGCGAGUAGUGAUUAGCACCUCCGCACUUGAAGCAGACUACUUGUCUGCCAGAGACACCUCCGUUCGGGCGACCAGCUCCCAUGUUCAUUCCAAAAUUGCGGGGAGGUCCGUUAUAGCGAGGCUGGUUUCGGCAGUUCCGCGCCAUGUGUCCCUGAUUUUUUUUUUUUUUUUUUUUUUUUUUGGUUUGGAAAAGAUAGUAUCAUAGGCGGGAAGCCAGGAUUGUGGGAUCCGUUAAUUUCCUAUGUUACAGUUUAAAAAACCCUCCUUGCGAUUGCUGCUCAUUCCGUUCCUGGUUGACUUACAAACAUGCCGCAGCUGUAGC